AUGACCUCCCGGGGCCGAGAGGGGUUCGCCCCGGCUCCUCUGCGCAUCUGGUCCAACAACGUCCGGGGCCUGAACCUGCCGGAACGGAGAUCACAUUUACUACGGGCACUUUGGUCCAAUAGAAUCUCUGUGGCCUUCAUCCAGGAGACACACUUCCCAGGACAGACGGGACCGGCCCUCCGAGACCGACGGUUCCCCACUGGAUAUUUUGCUAACCAUAGGGAAGCCAAGAAGGCAGGAGUGGCCAUUCUCUUCGCCGCGCAUGUCCCCUUCGUGUGUGCGGAGAUCAAGGCCGACCCACUGGGACGCUACAUCUUCCUCAAGGGCUCCAUUGCAGACAGGCGCUAUACCUUUGCCUCCAUAUAUGCGCCCAACACCCGACAACACAGUUUUCUCACCAGAACCCUAAAAUCGCUGGAACACUUCAGGGAGGGGCUCCUAAUUCUAACCGGGGACCUCAACAUACCGGACGGACACCUCCCGGGGACGGUGCUCGCUGCCGGACGCAAGCAUCAAAGCGGCACAAUUGGCACUCAGAACGGCUGGCCUUGCGGAUUGCUGGAGAGUCAUGCACCCAGAGGCCAAGGAUUUUACAUACUUCUCCCCGGUGCACCGCGGCUACAGCCGCUUAGACUAUGUCUUUAUUGCACAAGAAUACCUGAAUCUAUUACAAAAAUGUGA